GGAGCGUGAGAGGCAAAAGAAGAAAGAAAUGGAAGGCCUCUACGAUUCCUUCCAGCAUGUGUGUGCCGCAUUGAAUGUGGUUCAGGAGGAAAAUGCAGCUCUAAGGGUCAACAACUGCAGACUUCAGAGCAUGAUUGAAAAGCAUCAGACGAUCGUACGCUCUUUGGAAGGAGGAAUCAACAACUUUCCAGUCACACAAGCAGGUGCUCUUCAGUCCAAUUUCAAUCCGGAAGGCAGUUCAGUCGACGUGUCCCAUACUUGUGCAUCGCCGCAGUCGAUGGAUGCCUCCUUCCCACUGGACGUGACGAGUCCUUGGGCCGGAUUGGACACCACAUGCCAAGCGACAAAACCACAUCAUGUUCUGAUGAAAGAAAUGGAGAGCCUUGUUCAGGUCAUUCGAAACCUCCUGGAUGCAAAUGGCAUCUUCAUCAGCGGUGUGCUGCCUUCUGAAGAGGUUGGCCGUGCGCUGCGAAACCUCCUGGGUAGGGUUGCAGACAUGACCGCUGAUCUUUUCGAAUCCAACCCAAUGUGUCUGAGCGAGCAUUGGGGGAACGGCAUGUAUGCACCGCAAAUGGAAUUGGACGAGGACAGCAUGACCGACUGGGUAAGGUUGCUGCCAAUAUUGAGCUUGACGGGACAGCAGAAGGUCGCCAUCAUGAACAUGAGGACUGAGUACUUGUCCGUGCUGUUCAAGAUACAGGAAGAAAGAGCAGUUCUGAAUACACAGGCGGCGAGCGCGACCCAGGAAUGUUCAGGAAGUGCUGUUCCCGUCCGCCAGUGCGUGCAUCCGGCGUGGGAUCAGCUGAGGCGCAACGUGAGGCGGGAGAACGACCUCAUGGCUCAGGCCCUGCGCACGCUGUUCUUCAACGUUCUGGACCUCACCCAGGCGGCGCUUCUGACCCUGGAGGCUCACCCCGGCGGAGUGGACAUAAUGAAGCUGGCCUCUGCCAUCUCCGCCCUCGACGCCAAUUGCCAUGCGCCAGCCGGCGUUGGGCCUGCCGUGCCCCUCGAUGUUUUCGACUCGUCGAUGGACCUUCCUCCAUCGAUUGUCAUUUGA